AUGGGGCUACUGCAGCAGGGUGGAUCACAGGGCUACAGCAGCAGGGUGGAUCACAGGGCUACUGCAACAGGGUGGAUCACAGGGCUACUGCAACAGGGUGGAUCACAGGGCUACUACAACAGGGUGGAUCACAGGGCUACAGCAACAGGGUGGGAUCACAGGGCUACUGCAACAGGGUGGAUCACAGGGCUACGGCAACAGGGUGGAUCAUGGGGCUACUGCAGCAGGAUGGAUCACAGGGCUACAGCAACAGGGUGGAUCACAGGGCUACAGCAACAGGGUGGAUCACAGGGCUACGGCAACAGGGUGGAUCAUGGGGCUACUGCAGCAGGGUGGAUCACAGGGCUAUGGCAACAGGGUGGGAUCACAGGGCUACUGCAACAGGGUGGAUCACAGGGCUACGGCAACAGGGUGGAUCAUGGGGCUACUGCAGCAGGAUGGAUCACGGGGCUACAGCAACAGGGUGGAUCACAGGGCUACAGCAACAGGGUGGAUCACAGGGCUACGGCAACAGGGUGGAUCAUGGGGCUACUGCAGCAGGGUGGAUCACAGGGCUAUGGCAACAGGGUGGAUCACAGGGCUACAGCAACAGGGUGGAUCACGGAGCUACGGCAACAGGGUGGAUCACAGGGCUACGGCAACAGGGUGGAUCACGGGGCUACGGCAAGAGGGUGGAUCAUCGGGCUACAGCAGCAGGGUGGAUCACAGGGCUACAGCAACAGGGUGGAUCAUGGGGCUACUGCAGCAGGGUGGAUCACAGGGCUACUGCAACAGGGUGGGUCACAUGCAUGGCUACUGCAACAGGGUGGAUCACAGGUCUACAGCAACAUAGUGGAUCACAUGUACUGCGUUACAGGGGCACACCAUGACAGGGGUAUUCCAUCACGGGUACUGCAUUACAGGGGUUUACCAUGA